AUGGUGAAGCCGGGAGUUGCCGGGGAGUCCGUGACGCACGUGAACCGUGUCUUAACUUUCAUCUUCGCCUCGGACACCCUCUUCGAGCAGAUGAUACAGCUUCCUAAAGAACCCUUCCGGACCUCCUGUGGCGACCAGCGCUGCGUUUGCCUGGCGUGCAUCUCGCCCACCGCCAAGGACUGCAUGGACUCUGAAUAUGAGGACUCAGACUCGGACUGA